AGGUCAGCCCUCGUUUGUCCGUUGGAUCACGCAUCAAUUCCAACGUCUUCGUACUGGCUUUUGUCGUCAGCGUCACUNGCGUCACUCUAAGCAUCACGCUCUGUUCACAUCUAUGGCGAAUCCUCACACACCGGACAGUGGGGUUUGUGUACCCUCUCAUCAGAAAUCCCGUUCGGUUCCUGUAUCAACAGAUGUCAGUUGGAAUCAGUCUCCGCGUACACCGGACAUCAGACUUUCGACUGCCCCAGAUACUGAUCCACCGUCAGCCUUAUUGAAGACGCCGAACAGAAUAUGUCAUUCAAAUGUGGGUAGUUUAAGACGGUGUUUCAGCCUAGCUGAAGAUGCCAAAGAGGGUCUGUCCGCGGAACAUCCGUCUAACACACACUAUGAUAUCCCACACACCACACCUUUGAUGACCGAUCCGACCCACAAUAAGGUGGCAUUUGCCAUGAAUCGAUCUUCAGUUCCGGCACCCGGAACUGCACAAUGGGUAUCGCAUCAAGAUCUAGCCACUAGCCCAUCUUAUUUGUCACUCGUGGCCAGACCGAUCUCACGUCUGGAUCCGCAAAUGAAUGAGCAUACGCGCAUGCCAAGCCAAUCCACUUCGAGACUAGCUAUACCGAACAGAGAGGCAACUGUUCAGCCUUGGCCAUGUGGUAGAGUGCAACGUCACAGCGUAUUUACCACUCCGACUUCAAUUACGCAACCGCCACCAAAACAGCGACCAGCCACUCGAGAUAGUGGGUUCGCAGAAUCCGAUUGCACUAAUCCGCCCAGAUUCCGACACUUGGAUCGACCGGUCGGAUAUUCUGUCUCACCAUUAUCUAAAUCUUCCGAUGGUGGUGGUCUGCUCAGUCCGGAAUCGCACUCUGCCCUGUGGUUCAGUGCGUCGCCACAGUCCGGUGCAAACGUAUGGUGGACUACCGGUUUUGAGCAUGCCGUGCCCUCCGUCAUGAUUUCCAAUCCAUCCUUGUCUAGACCGAUGGAACAGACAACGGUUCAGCCGACCCGAUUGGUUUCCUAUCCGCUAGUCAGUGGCCAGGUUAUGGGCAAAUGA